AUGAUGCUCCAAUUCCAGCAUGACAUCGAGAAAGUCGUCGAUAAAUUCGAUCUGAUUCCGGAAGAAGACCAACUUUAUCGCCGUUCGUUGCGAGGUGACUUCGGACUGGCGAUAGAACUACUCAACGGGGGUAGUUAUGCCUUUGGAUCCUUCAUCCGGGAAGAUAACGUCCGAUCGUUUGACAUCUUGAAAGAGGAGUUCUACUUCACGUACACCAAUGCGUAUGCCCAGCGAGGAUGGCCACUGAUGGAGUACUUCAACAGCUUCAUCUUGGAGGCGAACCAGUUUGGGUUUGUGAUCCACUGGGAACGGCGAACGGUUCGAAAGUAUCUGAGCCACCGCGUGCAGGAAGCUCUGGAAGAGAUCGCUGCCGGUCAUAACGAGGACGGCGAAUUCGGUCCACUGUCCGUGCAGCACAUUGUGGGGCCGAUGAUUGUUCUCGGAAUUGGGCUGGUGGCUUCGUUGGGUAUUUUUGUUUGUGAAUUUUUUGUAUCUCUGGUGUACCGUUUUCACGAUAAGCAUGACGAAGACAAUGUUAAGAGAAAUGUUUCACGUGUUCACAGAGCCCGCAGGAGAUAUUAAAUAUGAAAUCGCUGAUAAUUCUAUUUCUAGUAUCUGAGCCUGUUUUAAAAAUCACAUUUGAAAAAAAAAUCCAAACAGUUCUUCGUAACCUGAAAAUUCGUCAGGAAAACUUCGGACCUCGGAUCAUGGAGAGUAACGUUAAGAUGUCUUGAAUGCUGAAUCUGAGAAAACAUUUGGGCAUUUUACGAAUAAUUGUAGAGCCUCCGAAGCCUUGUUAAUAAAACUCUUUCGAUAUCUACAAAAUAUCUUUGCUAUAGCAAAUUUCGAAGUUCGUGAUCAUUUGGUGGCCACGAAACAGGUUCUGGAAGUCUCGGAAUCUUCGUUAGAAAAAGCCAAAAUUGAAUAGCAAAGAAAA